CCUUGGCUCAAUUCCUCGUCGAACGUCAACCCCCGCGGCACACACGGCAUCCUUCCUCGAAAACUACCCCAUCGGCAGCGACCGCGUGGGCCCCUUUAGUUCGCAUUUAUCUUUACCCGCGCGCGUCGUGUUCAAAAAAUUUCGCCAUUUUUCGAAAAUCUCGAGUGCCGGAUUCAAUAAGCCGGCCGCAGUUUAAGUGAGCCGAAUCCAAGAUGGCGGCCGAUAGAGGGUCGGCGAUAUCGGACAAUGGGGUAGGCCAGUGAACCAGAUACGUUGUUGACUACAUGCAGCCAUACCGCAUGAACGCGUGUCCGAAUUUGAGACUCAUCGAGGAAAUGGUUGCGUUGGUUUUCCUCACAGACAACUUUCCGAUUUAACGCGCUCCCCAUUCGAACCUUCGCGGGAAAGUUACCUCGAGAACUCCGCGAGCGCAGGCCUAAAGUAUGGGAGAUAACAAGCAACACAACAUCUACUUCGCCCAGCUGCGGGCGAUGUUGAAGCGGAACCUCUUACUGAAGAGAAGAGAGAAACGGAGAACGCUGGCAGAAGUACUAUUACCCAUCUAUUCAUUGGCAGUUCUGAUUCUGAUGAAAAUGGUGAUGCCCAAUCCGAAUUUUCCGGAGAUGAACCAGCCCAGAGGCGAAGCAGAGUUGCUCUCACAUUUUAGAAACCUGAGCCACACAGUCGCUGUAGUCCCGAAUUCAACCGAAGUUCAGGAUUUUUUGAAAACUGUAGACGUACUAUGGGAUAACAUGAACAAAAACCAAAAAGUUUCGCCAAUAUCCUGGAUUCUAUAUUCUACCAUGGAUGACCUCUUGACCGCCUAUUGGCUAAAACCGAGCGAUAUUCCAAUCGCGGUCAUAUUUCAGUACCCGGACCCCAUCGAUGGACCUUUAAACUAUGAAAUUCGAACGAACCCUUCAUUAUACGGCACACCAUCCACUACGAUACUCUAUGGGUCACCCGCGUCAUGCAGAGAAAGCAAUUCGUUUUGGUCUAACGUAGCCGGGGUGCCAACGCCGGUACUACCUGAAGCCAUCGAAGUGGGCGAUAGCUGUCCGGUCAAUCAGUACUAUUAUUCGGGUUUCCUUGCCCUACAGGCGUUGUUGGAUUUUACGAAAAUUAGGUUAGAUACUGGCCUAGAAACGUUACAAGUGCCUCAAAUUUUACUCGAGAUGUUUCCAAAAGCGGCCCAUACAGGUAAUUGGAUGGUUCUGGUGAGGGUGCUGAUACCCCUUUACAUGGUCAUCUCUUUAUCACAGUUCAUUACGUAUUUACUGAUACUAAUCGUUGGCGAGAAGGAGAGCAAGAUCAAAGAGGGGAUGAAGAUUAUGGGGCUAUAUGAUUCGGUAUUUUGGUUGUCUUGGUUUAUUAUCUACGCCAUAUUCGUGCUGUUUUUGACAAUAAUCUGUUGUACGCUACUGUUUGCUUUAAAAGUAUUCCAGAACACGAAUUUCGCUUUGAUUUUCGUGCUGGUAUUUCUAUACUGUCUCACAAUUAUAAUGUUCGGAUUUAUGGUAACACCAUUCUUUGAUAAAUCAAGGACCGCAGGAAUUUUGGGGAAUUUUGCCGUUACAAUCUUAAGUUUGUUGUAUUUUAUCCAAGUGUUCGUCAGAGAUUCGAAUUCGGUAGCAUUAUGGAUAGUGUCUUUGAUAAGCCCCGCAGGAUUCGCUUUAGCAAUGGACAAGGCUUUGCUUAUGGACUUGGCAGGAGAGGGUGUCAACCUUGAGAACAUAUGGUCGGGGCCAGACAUGCCUUUCGGCGGCAGUCUUAUAAUGAUGGCGCUGGAUAUAGUUCUGUACGGUCUAUUAGCGUAUUAUUUAGAUAGCGUAGUGCCUAGUGAACAUGGCAUAAAAAGGUCGCUGUGUUUUUGUUUUAAGCCAUCCUUUUGGUGCAACAAAAAGUCGCAAGAAAAGAUCCCGCUAACUAACGGAGGCUCAGUCGGUUCAGUCGGUUCACUUAACACUCAAGAAGAGGGAAACGGAGAUUUCGAACCGGUUCCUAGAGAAAUGAAAGGUCGUGAAGCUAUAAAAAUCGUCGACCUAUACAAAUCCUUUUACAACUGCCGCAAACCCGAAAUCAAAGCAACGAACGGUAUCAAUUUAACCAUAUACGAAGGACACAUCACAGCAAUAUUGGGUCAUAACGGUGCUGGGAAAACGACCCUGUUUAAUAUUUUAACUGGUCUUACGGCACCUACGGCUGGUACUGCUUACAUAUUUGGCUACGACGUCAGAGACCCCAAUGAUAUGGAUCAGAUACGAAGGAUGACGGGGGUUUGUCCCCAACACGACAUUUUGUUCGACAAUCUGAGUCCCAAAGAGCACCUCGAGUUUUUCGCAACAGUCAAGGGCAUUCCAUCGAACGACAUUGAUUACGAAGUACGAAAGACACUCAGGGACAUUGACUUGUUAGAUAAAGCAAACUCCGCUGCUAAACAUCUAAGCGGGGGACAAAAGAGGAAGUUGUCUGUCGGGAUUGCAGUUAUUGGUGACCCUAAGAUAAUCAUCUUGGAUGAACCUACAGCCGGCGUAGACCCUUAUUCCAGAAGACACAUGUGGAACGUCUUGCAGAAUAGAAGACACGGCAAAGUUAUUCUGCUCACCACCCAUUUUAUGGACGAGGCUGACAUUCUAGCAGAUAGGAAAGCCGUGGUUUCGAAAGGAAGCAUUAGAUGCUGCGGCAGCUCGUUAUUUCUCAAAAACAAGUUCGGUAUUGGUUACCAUUUAACGCUGGUAUUGGAAGGCACGUCAAAGGAACAAGCAAUAGCGAGGCUGGUGACUACACACGUACCCAAAGCGGAAAAAGCAAGACGACACGGGAGAGAACUGAGUUUUAUUUUGCCACACAAUGCAGUCGACAAUUUUGCAUCAUUGUUCUCGGCAAUCGAGCAAGAGAUCAAGAACAAGCUCAGCAAGCUGGGUAUAUCCAGUUAUGGCGUUUCAAUGACGACCUUAGAAGAAGUGUUCCUACACCUGGAGAAGGACGAAGAGCCGGACUGCAAUGUGGAGAAUUUAUCCAAGAAAAUCGUACGAAACAGAGCUCUCAGUAGAAGUUUGAGCCUGCAAAGCAAGAGUACUAGCUAUCAAAGUCUCCAGAAUGAAGCCAAUAAUCUGUUGAACAACCAGGACCACAAGGCGGGAGGGGAUUCGACUCAGCUGGGAGGGCUGGAAAUAAUUUCGGAGACCAAAUCUCCCAUCACGGGUAUCGGUCUAGAGAAGAUCGAGUGUAAACCCAACAUACCGCAGACGCUGUUCGCUCUGAUCAAGUUGAGAAGCUUGAGGAUGAUCCGGGACCUUCAAAAGCUUUAUUUCAUGAUAGUGCUGCCCGUUAUUAUAGCCGCGUUAAGUUUAUACUUUAACAGCUAUUUUGAAAGCGGCGAGUUGCCGAGUCUGUCGUUGGAGCUGAACGGUACCACAUACGGAGAGAUGAGUACUGUAGCUAUACACAACAGCAGCGACCGCGAUAUAGAUAAUUUCAUAGAUCAAUUGGUGAGUCUCGGGAUCAAAGAGGUGGAUAGCUACGACGGUAAUUUUUCUUCGUUGCUCGAUUUGGCGCCGCAUAUGGCGGCUUUCAAUAUAAACUCCUUCGGAGAUCCGGACUACAGCUUCACUUUAAUGUAUAAUGAUACGUAUCAGCAUAGUUUGCCGAUCACUUUGAACAUAAUCAGCAACUCGCUCUACAGGUUGCUCUCGAGGGACAAGUCUUUCGAACCCAUUAGGGUGAUUGCCCAGCCGUUCCAGCAAACCGCUCAACCGGAAGGUUUAAACUUGGGUACCACCAUGGCCACCACGUUUAUGGGCAUGGUAUUUGUACUGGUACCCGUCAGUUUAGCCAUUGAUUUGGUCUAUGAUAGGGAGGUUAAAACGAAGAACCAACUGAGAGUGAACGGUUUGUCCUUCUCCAUGUACUUCAUCACAUACUUCGUAGUCCUGUGCGCCAUAAUGGUAUUGAUAAGUGCGGCCUUAAUAGUGAUCAUAAUCAUUUUCGAUAUACCGUCGCUGAAAGAUUGGCCGGCCUUGGUGACGCUCGGUGUCCUGAUAUUCCUCUACUGCCCCUCGUCAAUACUCUGCUGUACCUGCAUCAGUUACAUAUUCGACAAGACCGACUCGGCUCAGUCAAUUCUGCCAAACAUCGCCAGCUUCGUCGGCAGCAUACCGUUCUUUUUGGUGAUCGCGCUGGACAUGAUGCGGAUUGGCGGCAAAGCGGCUGUGAUAUUGCACUUUAUUUUUUCGAUACUGGACACCAUGUACAUACCGUACGCUAUAGUCUAUUACGUGCAGCGGGUCUAUAUGUUGUGUAAGGUGAACUACGCGUGUACGGUGCUCGAUUUGAACAGCUACGUUACCCCCGAGAUCGUCAUCCUUCUAGUGGGAAUGCUGAUCAAUAUCCCCGUGUGGUUCGGACUCUUGUGCGUUAUCGAUAUCAAAAAAAGUGGUGGCAAAGUCAGAGACGCCUUCAAAUUCUUAAAGAAGAAUCGGCCGGUAGAGAGCGUCGAGGACAACGCGGAAGUUAGCGAUAUCGGGGAGAACGAAGACCACGAUGUGAAAGCCGAACGGCUGAAGAUUAAGAAUCUGAUGAGCUCGCCGAACGUCAGCCCACCAGUAGUUAUGGUUCAGAAUCUACACAAAGAGUACAAAAACAAGAACAAGCAGUACGAGUACUACUGCUUUAAAAACGACGACGACGAGGAGAAGAUCAAAGUGGCGGUGAAAUCUUUAUCGCUGGCGGUUGAUGCGGGCGAAGUGUUCGGCCUGCUAGGCCACAACGGUGCCGGAAAAACGACCACCAUGAAGAUCGUUACAGCCGAAGAAGCGCCCACCAGAGGAAGAGUGUUCAUUGGCGGUCAAAGCAUAACGUCGAACUUAAAUUCGGCGUUUCAAUUGCUCGGUUAUUGUCCUCAGCACGAUGCCUUGUGGAAAAAUAUCACGGUCCGCGAGCAUCUGCAACUGUACGCUUCCAUACGCGGGGUGCCUUAUAGCGACAUUGACACCAUAGUUAAUAGAUAUCUGAAUGGGCUGCAAAUUCAAGAACACGCGGACAAACAGACGAAGCAAUGCUCUGGCGGGACAAAGAGGAAGCUCAGUUUCGCCAUGUCGAUGGUGGGCAAUCCGAAAGUGGUGCUGUUGGACGAGCCCAGCACCGGUAUGGACCCCCGAAGCAAGCGGUUCCUGUGGGAUACUAUUUUGGCCAGUUUUCAGGGAUCCCGGGGUGCUAUAUUAACCACGCAUUCGAUGGAAGAAGCGGACGCAUUAUGUUCGCGUGUCGGUAUAAUGGUGAAAGGUGAACUCAGAUGUUUGGGUUCAACUCAGCAUUUAAAAAAUCUCUACGGGGCCGGCUACACUUUGGAGAUGAAGUUAAGAGGAGGUGACUCAACCCCUACUUCAAACUCGAGCGACCGGAACGCGGAAUUGAGAGAAUUUGUCACAGGGCUGUUUGCUGACGCCACCUUGCAAGAAAGCUUCGCCGACAGAUUGGUUUUCAGCGUGCCGCAACAAAGCGUACCUUCAUUGGCCAAAUGUUUUUCGCAAUUGGAGAAGGCCAAAAUAGACCUCGACAUCGAAGAGUACAGCUUCAGUCAGACCACUUUGGAGCAGGUGUUCUUGAAGUUCGCCCAAUACGAUGAAAUCAACGGCGAUUAGGACGCCGCAGAUAAUUUUUAUUUUGUAAAUUAAGUGUGAUAUCGAUUAGAAAUUAAGCGAAAAAUUCCGUUAUUACGAAAGGAAUUACCUCCGUAAUUGAGGGGCGGUGUUUCUUUUGAGUUAACGGCCUUAUAGUCCCGCGCAUUGAUGGUGAGAAUCUAGCGACAAAAAAAAUGAGCUUUCUACCAGAUAAUUAGUUUUCUAUUUAUUGAAUCUUUGACAUUGUGAUAUUAUUUAAGUAUUAUUUAGAAAAUUUUAUCUAAGUAAUAAGGAAUAUUAGGGCAUUAGAUCGCGUUCCAACUCUUGCGUCGGUGAGUAGGUGCUCCCGAGUACCCGAGCUUAUUUAUUAUUUGACGAAAACGGUUUUGUUUGAGGACGACGAUACGACUUUAGAUUUUUAAGUGAGACACGAACUAACGUGGAUCCAAAUUGUAUUAGAGACGAUUAUAUCAAAUGUUAAUUUAGCGAUUGCAAUAACGUUUUAUUUAUUCUCAUUCUCGCUAGAACUAAUUACGAUACAGAAAAAUUUGAGAAAAAAAAAUAAAUCGUUGCUAUUUGUAGCUAGCUUUU